AUAAACAAACGCGGCUCCACCGCACGUGGACCUCGGAGCUGCUGCGCCGACCAGACAGAUCGAGGGCUUCGGGCGCUGUCUCCGGGCACAGGAACCCUGCAGGGAGGGCAGGAGAGCGCGCCGGGCCCGGCCCCAGCCGCCUCCGGCCCGGCCCCAGCCGCCUCCGCCCGGGCCGCCCUCCGCUCGCCUCCCGCUCCAUGGCUCCGCGGCCGCCGCCGCCCUUGCCGCCCUCCAGCCCGGAGGGGCCUCGGGACAGCGGGUACGAGUACUCGGUCAAGGACUAAUUAGCACCGCCGCCUCCGCGCCAGCCCCUCUCCAUCUCCCACGGAAAGCCGAAGCGCGGGGGAAAGCGGAGAGGAGGGAAGAGCGAGAAGCCAGUGGGAGUCGGGCUCUGGUCGCCGCGGGACAGUCGAGCCCGGAGGAGGCUGCGCCUGGCGCGGCGGCGGGAGAGCGCGGGCGGCGCCGCUGCUUGUGCCGAGCUCCCGGGCCGCGGCUGCGGAGAAGGUCCCGGUGCCCCGACCUGCCCGGCGCACCUGCCCGCGGCCGGGCCUCAGACUCACCUGGCCCCGGCACCUCCUUCCCCGUCGCCGCCGCUGCAGCCAGAGCGGGGCUCCCGUGGGCCUGGAGCACGGCCGGGUCUAAUAUGCCCGGAGCCGAGGCGCGAUGAAGGAGAAGUCCAAGAAUGCGGCCAAGACCAGGAGGGAGAAGGAAAAUGGCGAGUUUUAUGAGCUGGCCAAGCUGCUCCCGCUGCCGUCGGCCAUCACCUCGCAGCUGGACAAGGCGUCCAUCAUCCGACUUACCACCAGCUACCUGAAGAUGCGCGCCGUCUUUCCCGAAGGUUUAGGAGACGCGUGGGGACAGCCGAGCCGAGCCGGGCCCCUAGACAGUGUCGCCAAGGAGCUGGGGUCGCACUUGCUGCAGACUUUGGAUGGAUUUGUUUUUGUGGUAGCAUCUGAUGGCAAAAUCAUGUAUAUCUCGGAAACAGCCUCUGUCCAUUUAGGCUUGUCCCAGGUGGAGCUCACGGGCAACAGUAUUUAUGAGUACAUCCAUCCUUCUGACCACGACGAGAUGACGGCUGUCCUCGCGGCCCACCAGCCUCUUCACCAUCACCUGCUCCAAGAGUAUGAGAUGGAGAGGUCGUUCUUUCUUCGAAUGAAGUGUGUCUUGGCGAAAAGGAACGCGGGCCUCACGUGCAGCGGGUACAAGGUCAUCCACUGCAGCGGCUACUUGAAGAUCAGGCAGUACAUGCUGGACAUGUCCCUGUACGACUCCUGCUACCAGAUCGUGGGGCUGGUGGCCGUGGGCCAGUCACUGCCGCCCAGCGCCAUCACUGAGAUCAAGCUGCACAGUAAUAUGUUCAUGUUCAGGGCCAGCCUCGACCUGAAGCUGAUAUUCCUGGAUUCCAGGGUGACUGAGCUGACCGGGUACGAGCCUCAGGACCUGAUCGAGAAGACGCUCUACCACCACGUGCACGGCUGCGACGUGUUCCACCUGCGCUACGCACACCACCUCUUGCUGGUGAAGGGCCAGGUCACCACCAAGUACUACCGGCUGCUGUCCAAGCUGGGCGGCUGGGUGUGGGUGCAGAGCUACGCCACCGUCGUGCACAACAGCCGCUCGUCCCGGCCCCACUGCAUCGUGAGUGUCAAUUAUGUCCUCACGGACGUUGAAUACAAGGAACUGCAGCUGUCCCUGGACCAGGUGUCCACGUCCAAGUCCCAGGACUCCUGGAGGACCGCCUUGUCUACCUCACAAGAAACUAGGAAAUUAGCUAAACCCAAAAACACGAAGAUGAAGACAAAGCUAAGAACAGACCCUUAUCCCCCACAGCAGUACGGCUCGUUCCCAGUGGACAGACUGGAAUGCGGCCAGCUCGGAGACUGGAGAGCCAGCCCCCCCGCGGACGCUGCGGCCCCCCCAGAACAGCAGUUCCAUUCAGAAGGCGGCGACCUUUUAUACGCCCCGUCCUACAGCCUGCCCUUCUCCUACCAUUACGGACACUUCCCUCUGGACUCUCACGUCUUCAGCAGCAAAAAGCCAAUGUUGCCGGCCAAAUUCGGGCAGCCCCAAGGAUCCCCGUGUGAGGUGGCACGCUUUUUCCUGAGCACGCUGCCAACCAGUGGCGAAUGCCAGUGGCAUUAUGCCAACCCCCUAGUGCCUAGCAGCCCAUCUCCGGCUAAAAACCGUUCUGAGCCACCGGUGAACACUGCUCGGCACAGUCUCGUGCCAAACUACGAAGCGCCCGUCGCCGCCGCCGCGCGCAGGUUCGGCGAGGACACCGCGCCGCCGCCGCCGCCGCCGAGCUUCCCGAGCUGUGGCCACUACCGCGAGGAGCCCGCGCUGGUCCCGGCCAAGGCCGCCCGCCAGGCCACGCGGGAAGGGGCGCGGCUGGCGCUGGCCCGCGCGGCGCCCGAGUGCUGCGCGCCGCCGGCCCCCGAGCCCCCCGGCGCGCCCGCGCAGCUGCCCUUCGUGCUGCUCAAUUACCACCGCGUGCUGGCCCGGCGCGGGCCGCUGGGGGGCGCUGCGCCCGCCCCGCCCGCCCUCGCCUGCGGCCCGGGCGCCCCCGAGGCGGCGGCCGGCGCGCUGCGGCCGCGGCCCCCCGGCCCCGCCGCCGCCUCGCCGCCCGCAGCGCCGCUGCCGCACUACCUGGGCGCCUCGGUCAUCAUCACCCACGGCAGGUGA